CCGUGAUGGAUACUUAUGAGCGGCAGCGAUUGGAUAGCAAAGAUCAAAGCUCGGUGUUUAUAGGUCCUACAAAUAUAAACAAACACGAAACCUAACCAAAUCCGAUUGAUAGAUUAAUACUGCCUAAUGACUCAAGAGAUUUUCAAGAGUUAUAAGUUUAAACAAUCUUAAUUAUUUGCAAGCGGCACUACAUCCCCAGUGGCCGUUCCCACUAGGCCACAUUAUGCAGCCGGCCAGGGAUCGAGAAAAAUCCUCCAGCAAUGUGAAACCCAAUUACUCGUUAAAAUUUACAUUGGCUGGUCACACCAAAGCUGUGUCGUCAGUAAAAUUCAGUCCAAAUGGCGAAUGGCUAGCGAGUUCAUCUGCUGACAAAUUGAUUAAAAUUUGGGGUGCUUAUGAUGGAAAGUUUGAAAAGUCUAUUGCUGGACAUAAAUUAGGAAUCAGUGAUGUCAGUUGGUCAUCUGAUAGUCGUCUUUUAGUAUCUGCAUCUGAUGAUAAGACUUUAAAAGUUUGGGAAUUAAGUUCGUCAAAAUGUGUCAAGACGCUUAAAGGCCAUAGUAACUAUGUUUUUUGUUGUAAUUUUAAUCCACAAUCAAAUUUAAUAGCUUCUGGAUCUUUUGAUGAAAGUGUACGAAUUUGGGAAGUAAAAAGUGGUAAGUGUUUGAAAACACUUCCUGCACAUUCUGAUCCAGUUAGUGCUGUUCAUUUUAAUAGAGAUGGAUCCCUUGUGGUUUCCAGUAGUUACGAUGGUUUAUGUCGUAUUUGGGAUACUGCCAGUGGUCAAUGUUUAAAAACAUUGAUUGACGAUGACAAUCCACCUGUUUCAUUUGUAAAAUUUUCACCUAAUGGCAAAUACAUCUUGGCAGCCACUCUUGAUAAUACACUAAAAUUAUGGGAUUAUACAAAAGGCAAAUGUCUUAAAACUUAUGUUGGUCAUAAAAAUGAGAAAUAUUGUAUAUUUGCUAAUUUCUCUGUGACUGGUGGAAAGUGGAUAGUUUCGGGAUCUGAAGACAAUAUGGUGUAUAUUUGGAAUUUACAAUCAAAAGAAAUUGUACAAAAAUUACAAGGACAUACAGACGUAGUUUUGUGUACUUCAUGUCAUCCAACAGCAAAUAUAAUUGCAUCAGCAGCAUUAGAAAACGACAAAACAAUAAAACUAUGGAAAAGUGAUACUUAAAGUUUAAUUUAAAGUUUGAUUAUUAUUUUGUAUAAUUUGUAUAAAGGGAAUGGUUAUAUUCUCCUAUCUUGUGACUAUAGUCUUAUUUUCAUAACUGUAAAAUUACCUACAGUAAUAGUAAUAGUUAAAUUAUUAUUAUUUUUAGAUUUUUUCUUAUUUUUUUGCUCAAAACUCAAUAUUAUUUAUAAAUAAACAACUAUACAAUUA